UGGAGCCGGUGGGGGGGUAGCGGGGGCAGGACCGCAGACAGGUCUCCCCACACAGCUCCCUUAGCCACAUUUGCAGACUCGUCUGCCUGUCCAGAACCUGCUCCCACCUCAGGUCCAGGCUGACAGUGAGCUGCGAGAUGGGCUCUGAGCUGGAGACAGCGAUGGAGACGCUCAUCAAUGUGUUCCACGCGCACUCGGGCAAGGAGGGAGACAAGUACAAGCUGAGCAAGAAGGAGCUGAAAGAGCUGCUGCAGACCGAGCUCUCGGGCUUCCUGGAUGCCCAGAAAGAUGCAGAUGCCGUGGACAAGGUGAUGAAAGAGCUAGACGAGAAUGGAGACGGGGAGGUGGACUUCCAGGAGUACGUGGUGCUGGUGGCUGCCCUCACAGUGGCCUGUAACAACUUUUUCUGGGAGAACAGCUGAGCAGACAGCCCCAGUGGGCAGCGCCCUUCCCCUUCC